CAGCCUCCCUAUUCUGUCCCAUUGAGUUCUGGUCCUCGCGUUUAUUAUUCUUCCACAGUCAUGGCGGCGGAGAUGGAACCUCCACCGCUGGGAGAUGGGGAACAGACAGAUUUCAGAGAGUUGGAUGACACAGACGAUCUCUUUGUGAGCACUGUAGAUCAACUGGAGUCAAGUCCGUCUCCUCCCCCGGAGUCAGCCAACCUGCUGGUGGAGGAUGUCAGCGUCAACACCAACGGGCCCAAGCCGGUCGAGGUCCUACUGGAUGAUGAUCCAGAGGAUCUGUUUGCUGAAGCCACUGAAGAGGUGUCCCUGGACAGCCCAGAGAGAGAACCCAUCCUAUCCGACGGCCCAUCCCCCGCCAUUACCCCAGUCACCCCAACGGUUAUGAUCACGCCCCGUCUCGAACCUUCAAUGUUUGACCGCUCCCCAGACGAGGAGGAAGAGGAGGAGAAUGGUGAUACAUUUGACAUAAAUAUAUCCGUGUCUGAUCCAGAGAAAGUUGGUGAUGGGAUGAAUGCUUACAUGGCAUAUAAAGUCACCACAAAGACUUCGUUGAGGAUCUUCAACCACAACGAGUUCUCUGUGAAGAGAAGGUUCAGCGACUUCCUGGGCCUGCACAGCAAGCUGGCCUCCAAGUACCUCCACAUCGGUUACAUAGUCCCACCUGCCCCAGAGAAAAGCAUUGUGGGAAUGACGAAGGUCAAAGUGGGAAAAGACGACUCGUCAUCAACUGAGUUUGUGGAGAAGAGAAGAUCGGCCCUGGAGAGGUACCUGAUGAGGACAGUGAAGCACCCCACCUUGAGGAAGGACACAGACGUCCAGCAGUUUCUGGAGAACAAUGAGCUGCCGCGCGCCGUUAGCACACAGGCCCUGAGCGGAGCUGGGCUACUGAGGAUGGUAAACAAGGCCGCCGACGCUGUCAACAAGAUGACAAUCAAGAUGAAUGAAUCGGAUGUGUGGUUUGAGGAGAAGCAGCAGCAAUUUGAGAAUCUGGAUGCCCAGCUACGUAAACUUCAUGCCAGCGUGGAGUCGUUGGUCUGCCACAGGAAAGAGUUGUCCCUGAACACGGCAUCCUUUGCGAAGAGUGCGGCGAUGUUGGGGAACUCGGAGGACCACACGGCCCUGUCUCGGGCCCUUUCUCAGCUGGCUGAGGUGGAGGAGAAAAUUGAUCAGCUGCACCAGGAUCAGGCCUACGCCGAUUUCUACCUGUUCUCAGAGCUGGUGGGGGACUAUGUCCGCCUUCUUACUGCCGUCAAGGGUGUGUUUGACCAGCGUAUGAAGACCUGGUCCAAGUGGCAGGAUGCCCAGGUGAUGCUGCAGAGGAAGAGGGAGGCGGAGGCCAAGCUCCAGUACGCCAACAAACCUGACAAGUUGCAGCAGGCCAAGGAUGAGAUCAAGGAGUGGGAAGGUAAAGUGGAACAAGGAGAGCGAGACUUUGAGCAGAUAUCAAAGACCAUUCGGAAGGAGGUGGAACGGUUUGAGAAAGAAAGGGUGAAAGACUUCAAAGUGGUCAUCGUCAAAUACCUAGAGUCUCUUGUUCAUACUCAGCAACAGCUGAUAAAAUACUGGGAAGCAUUCUUACCUGAAGCCAAAGCUAUCGCAUAACCCAACACAUUUUGUUGUUUUGAUCCUGUAAUCUCACUCUAAAGGAUGAUAUACAUGACAGUUAAAAAUCUCAAACGACCACUUGAAAAUUAAGCACUAGAAAUCUUUUGAUGGCUCACUCCACACUUUAUGAUUUAAGUAAAUAAAACUAAUGUCUUAAGAUGCCCCAUUUCACUUUAUUUUUCCUUUGAAGUCAUAAUGUCACAGGCCAGUGUAAUGGGGGUGUUUCUAAACGUCCUGUUUGUUGACAUCAUUGCUGUACAUAGCGUGGAGCCCCAGCUCCUUAUCACAUGGGCUGAAGCCAAGAUAUUCAUUGAAGGGCUCUUUUCCAAAACGCAAUAUAUCCAUUUUCAAAACAAAACAAAAAAAAUCAAAAAUAAUGUUGAAGUCUCAGUCAAUAUCACUGAAAUCAGUGUUUUGAUAUAUGAAUUUGAUAUGGAAAUAAGACAUUAGCCCAGUUCCAGUAGCCCCAAUGCUGUCUUAAAAUCAAAACACAAUUCAAUUUAAAAAAAAAGAUUUAAGAAAUUUGUAUUUAAAUGGGUUUUUUUUAUUGCGUUUCCGAAAAGAACUCUUCAGUGUUAACUGAGUAGCGCACCAACUGGUGAACAUGUGACCAUUUGGAACACGGUUGUCCUGUUGUGUGACGUGUUUAAUGUUUGGUAACCCAGCGUCAGUCGUUACGGUCCCAUACUGAACCUCCAGUUUGUUCCAACCAUUUACAUGAUCAGCGUGACUGCUAUUUUUAGUGUACAGGUUGAACUGAUGAUUUCACUAAUUUAACUGAUUUCAUGAAAGGCUGGAACAAGUUGUGGGUAUGACAUUUUGCCAUCUGACGUUGGCUUGGCACACGGGGGGUUGUGGGGGGAUGUGAAGGACAGGUAUGGUCGCUUACCCGUAAAACAUUCAAUUCAAGUAAUUGCACUACUAAUAGCAGAACUAUGGCUUUGUUUUGCAACAAAAAAAAUGGACACACGAGAUCCCUCUGCAUUCUGUUUUGGUAUUUAAUUCACACUUCUCUUAUCUGGGUUGAUCUCUACACCCCUGACUUGAAAUACUCCCCCUACCACCCCAAUACAAGAGUCAGUUAUGUGUUGUGUGUAUUUUUUUUUUAACCAUGUUCCCUGUUCCAGUCAAUGUCAUGCCCGUGAAGAACAUGCCGUUGUCGGGACAACAGGGUUGACACAUAGUGACUGAUCACAUAGUGCCUACAUUACAGUUUGUAACGUUACAAAAUGUGUGUGGACAUUUCUUUUCAAUAUGCCAUUUUCAUUUUUCCCUCAGCUUUCUACACGGUUCUUGUUUUAAAACCCUGUGGUGCUUGGCCCCCCAUGGUUUUUUGUUUUGCUGCUCUUUUUAUUUUUGACUUUGCUACGUAAUCUGGAGUUUUUGGAUAUUUGAAUACCUUUGUUUGAUUCUGUGUUUGAAAAGCCUUGUCCUAAAAAGAUUUUUUAAAAUUCAUUUAUUUUUUACUUCACAUUCCUGUGCUGAAAAUGCUUGUGUCCUAAAUAAAGGAAUGUACUGUAUAUCUUAA